UUCAAGAGCAGUCCAAGUUCCACUUGUCAGAAAUCGAGCUGCAGGCAAAAAGUCGAACUACAGUACCGUAACAUACUAUUGUUUUUUUGUGUGGUUUUAUCUCCUUAGAAAUGGUGCGUGCUCUGAAAUCGUUAACAAAGGCGUUCCACCAAGUUUCCUAGUGUUCCGAAAUACGCGUAGCGUCCCAAAAAAGAGACUUGGGAGAAUGGAAAACAGUUCACAAUCAUCUACUAACCCCAUUCCUCAGGGGUGUGGCCCAAAUACCCAAAUAAAAAUACAUGUGAGCCCCACCACGGGGGGCGACUUCUUCUUGUGUGUAGACUCGGACAUUACCAUCGAUAAUCUCAAAAAACUCGUCUCGAAAAGACUGAGAGUGCCCAGGAAUAGGAUAUGUUUACUGUUCAGAGAUAAGCAACUGCAGGGCGGAAAUCUGGUUCAGAACGGAAUUUCAGAUGGGUCUAGGAUUACUUUAUUACCUAAUGUGGAAACUGGGUUAAUGGCCCAUCGGUCGGAGACGAGCAUACUGCAAGCUCUAGAAUCUCUGAACGACACGCAAGUGAACGAGUUCCUCUGCGGCAAGGCUCCCCUCAACCUGAGCAUGCGACUCGGCGACCACAUGAUGGUCAUCCAACUGCAGCUGAGCACGAUUUCGUCCGUCAAAUCGACGUCUUCGAGUGGUGGGUCUGCUUCGUCGUCCCCCUCCUCCUCAGGUACCCCCACGGCGGGUCCUUCUCAGCCGCGCCCGUCCAGCCCCCCGAGUCUCCUGCAGGCCUCGCGCAAUCUCCAGCACACACUCAGAAAACUGUCCUCCGACGUUUUCUCCGGGAAAGAUAGGAGGAUACGAAAGGAUGGCAUCUAUUCGGGAACGUUUAGCGGGUCCCUCAACCCAGCCUUACAAGACCGGAAGGGUCGACCUCGCCGCGACAUCUCGACAAUCGUUCACAUUCUCAAUGAUCUCCUCUGUACGGUGCCGGAAAUCCGCAGGGUGCAUCUCAAUGGUUCAGAAUCGAGCGACUCGGCCAGCCCCGACGAGCGACCGGACGUGCCGAUCUCUGUGGCCGAGCCGAUGCCUGAGGCCCAGCCGAUGUCUAUAGACGACCCGAGCACCAUCGAAGACCAGAACCUGCGAACGCGCGGCAAGCUCGAACACCUGCGGCUCGUGAUGGGCAAGAGGCGGGAACGCCGCCGCCUACGCAGGCAGAAACCUUACUCGCUACCUCAGAGUGAUACCGAUUCUCAAGUUACCGCAUGAAAAUUGCCCCACCCCACCCCGACGCCCCUGUACAUAGGUUUCCGUAUCUGAAGCAGACCCUUUUCCUUCCCCCUCGUUCGAAUGUCUGAGAUUCUUAACCUCAAAAUGACGAUGCUGAAACGUGAAGGUGGUUUGUGAGAGUUUUGAUGAAACUCGGUGUGGAAGAUUGGUUUUCUGCUGCUGAUCAAAUCACAGCCUGAUGAGUUUUUCAUUCAUUUUAUUGAUGAGAACAUUUUCUGAAGAAUCCCGGCAUUUCUGAGCAGAAUUUUUUAUUUAAUGUCAAAGUUUCAAACAAGCGUUUUUACAAUGUUUCAAGGUUCAUUGGAGCACACAUGGUUUUUUAUAGUUGGCUACACUGUGCCUGUCACUAGUGUCAAUUGUCAUAUGUAGUUGAUGUUCCUCUAUUUUUUUAGUUUUAUUAGUUGUUUGAAAGGCGUUUUAGAGAAUAAUUGACGUGAUAAGUGACACUUAUGACAAAUAGAGAGCGGCUAGUUGGGAAGAAAUGUUGAUGCUUCAAAUGAAAUACUUCGAUAUGGUUUCUGCUAUCUUUUUUGUUUGUUGUAAAACUUUGUUUACUAUGAAAAUGUAGAAAAAUAUUUUUCCGAGAAUUCAACAUCGAAACUUAGAUUGAUGUGUCAUUUGUUGAGUUGAUAUAUUUAUUUGCUCGAAAAUGUGGCAAUCUAAAUGAAUCUCAAACUUUUUAUAGUGUAGGAUUUUGUUGAAAAAGGAUUUCAGAUUGCUGUUUUAGUAGAAGAGGAAUGCGUAAUAGGGAAAACUUUAUUUUUUUCUGUAUUUGAACAGUGUGUUGGAAGUUUUUGUUCUCGGUUUUUUUAAUUCCGGAGGUUUCCUUUUGAAUUUGGGAAAAAAUAUGCAGAUUUUUCUCUGACAUUUGAGAUAGUAAAAAUUUGCUUUUCUUGAUUUGGGUCAUACAGAAUGUAGAAAAAAUUUGAAAUUGUAUGUCUCAAACAUAGAAAAAAAAAUUUUAAAUAUACAAUUUUCACUGUCGCAGUAGAAUAAUUAAAUGCAUUUUUGGCACGAAUAUAAGAAAUCGAAAAAGCCUCCUUUGAUCACUUUUUUUAGGGUAUAUAAUUAAUCAAAAGUAUUGAAAUGAAAGGUAAAAUCUCUGGCGUAGAAUAAAUCUAAAACGAGCACUUUUCUCAAAACCAAAACUGCAAUACUGUUCUCGAUGCGCGUUAUAUGAUGAAUCAAAGUGUUGUUUGACAUUUCAUCAACUCAACUCAACUAUGAAUAUAAAAAGUAUUGACGUUUUCCAUUUCCAGAAAGUUUACAAUAACCACAUUUUGAAAAUUCAAAUUUUUUCCUGAAUCAUGAAUUUUGACAAAUUUUUUGAAACCUUUUAUAUUGUUUUAUGUUGCACAUAUUCUUGAGAUCUAGCAAAAAAUACGGGAAACACCAACAGUCCAAUUAUAUGUAUUAAAAUAAUUUUAGUGGUGCCGACUGAAAAAUACUACUUUCAUGCUUAAUGAAAAUACUUUUUUCAGUACUCUUGUUUCAGGGAGACAUUUCAAAAACUUGUAGGCAACAGCCACUUCUUUGGUAUUUUUUUCAUUUCGAAGCCU